UCAAACACGAUUUUCGCAUGUUCUCGAAUUGAUUAUCAAGCUAUUUCGUUCAGGUUAUGUUCUCUUAAUCACACCAAGCCGUCAACAUGUGCGGGAUUUUUUGUCUUUUUGAACACUGGACAGAUCAAGAACUGCAACAAGGUUACAGUUGUUGCGAAUGCAUGGACUUGGGAGAUUGUUCCACCAACAACAGACGCCGAGGACCGGACGAUCUUCGUCCUGUUUUCUUCGGAGGAGACAUGAACGGCAAGUGGAACGCUGAAUUUCGAGGUUGGGUGCUGUGGACCCAGGGUUCCAGCAUGACUCCUCAACCCUUCAGAGAAGUAAUUGGAAACGUCUUACUAUGGAAUGGAGAUAUAUUCUCCGGUCCCCUCGCGCAGGAUUCAAUCUCCGACACUGAACACCUCUAUACAGCCCUCGAAAGCUCUGGAGACAUCCUCCACACCCUGGGGUCAGUCGAGGGUCCCUUCAGCUUUAUAUACUACGACCAACCCUCAGAAUCGCUGUAUUUCGGCAGAGAUUCCAUCGGACGACACAGUUUAUUAAUAAAAAUUGAAGAAGAGAAGAGGCGUCUGAUAAUUUCGUCAGUUGCCAGUAAAAGUCUUGAGAAAUGGAGGGAAGUACCGGCUUUGGGGGUUUACAUGCUCGAUUUAAAAAGGGAUGAUCUCAACUUGACGUUAGUCCCUUGGAGAGAGGCCCCAGGAGCUUCUGAUGCCCUGAAAGAACGUCUGGGGGUUGAUGUAAACAUUAAAAAUGCCGUUUUCUCCACUGAAAAGAAUGAAAUCACCGCAGAACCACUUCCAGAGGAUUCUCCAUUCUUCAGUUUAAUAUCUGGUAUAGAUGAUAGGGGAGAUGUAAUGGAGAAUCUUCUCGCGGAUCCAAAGAUCUCUAAACGCGUCGAUGAAGUAUUGAAGCGUUUGAGAGAGUCGGUUAGGCUCAGAGUUGAGAAGAAACCCGAUUACUGCAGGAAUUGCAUCGAAUCGAGGUUGAGGUAUAAAACUGUGAAUUGUACACAUCCGAAAAUUGGGCUGUUGUUCUCCGGAGGCCUCGACUCAACGAUUCUUGCUGCUAUUGCUCAUGAAUUCUUACCGGCGGGGGAGAGCAUUGAUCUGAUUAAUGUUGCGUUCGAAAAGGCGGAGAAGGAGAAUAGGACUCUCGAUAAGAAGGGGUGGGAAGAUAAGAUCGAACAGAGAAAGAAGGAAAUUAACUUUGAGGUUCCUGAUAGGAAGACUGGGAGACAGGCGUGGGAGGAAUUGAAGAGAAUUUCUCCGGGGAGAGAGUGGAAUUUCGUUGAGAGUAACGUAACUCAAAAAGAGUUGGAAGAAUGUCUCCGAACGAGAAUCUGUCACGUAGUUCACCCCCUUCGAACAAUAUUAGACGAGAGCCUUGGUUGUGCCCUCUGGUUUGCAGCCAGAGGCUCUGGAGCUCUAGCUGGAACGAAUAAAUCUUACGAGUCUCCAUGCAGGAUUCUCCUGCUUGGGAUGGGAGCUGACGAGCUCUUCGGCGGCUACACCAGGCACAGGACCAUCUUAAAACGCAGUGGGUGGGUGGGACUGGCUAAAGAACUUGAGACAGAAAUCAAAAGAAUAUCUGAGAGGAACUUGGGGAGAGAUGAUCGAGUGGUUUCGGAUCACGGGAAGCAGUCGAGGCUGCCAUACCUCGACGAUAAUUUCGUCAGAUUUGUGACGAGUCUCAAGCCUUGGGAGAGAUGCUGUCCUGUGGAACAUCUUCCCCCUGGUAUAGGCGAUAAACUACUGCUUCGUCUCUGUGCAUUUAAGCUAGGCCUCAAAGAGACAUCACAUUUCCCGAAAAGAGCAUUUCAAUUCGGCUCGCGAAUUGCUAAAAGCCAUGAGAAUGCGAGUGACAUAUCAAAGUGGCUCUGAUGAUAACAAUUGGAACAAUUAUAAUAAUUAAAGUACGAAACAGAACUGUACCCUAUAGAAUAUUCUCUAUUGGAUAUUUCAAAUGAAUCGACCAAAAACUAAUAGAAAGUUCAAUAAAAAUGUCUAAGGAAUUCACUAGA